CUGCAUCCGUUCUGGCUGCGUACGUGUUUUUGUAGAGAAAGAAAAGAAUAGCAAAGGAGGAAAAAAUGGUUGUCAGUGUAUAAUGUAAACAAACCGUUGCCCCGCUGUUGUGCUGCUGCUGCAAGAGAUAUCCAGUUCCACUCCAGAAAAAUUGUAUAUUUUUUGGACUUUACAGUGUCUCUGUGAAAUAGUUUUCGGCGAAAAGUGCGUGCCAAAUCCACCCAGUGAAUGGAUUUAACAAUCUACAACGAUGUACCGAAUGAUACGCCUGGCACAUAUUGCCGCUUUUGCUUUCGUGAAACCAGCCUGGUACCGAUCUUUCAUCCCACCACGAGCGAACCGUUGAAUCUCGAGCUGAUAACGGUAAUAGUGGAGUGCAUUGGCGUGCUCUUGAAACCGGAGAUGGAUUUCCCGUCCGCCGCCUGUCAGAGCUGUCUGCAGCUGAUGCAGGAGUUUCAUAACUUUCGCAGGCGUGCCCGCGAGUAUGACAAAAUCAUACGGUCCAAAAUUUUGCCCCGCAUCGAACCGGAAGUGAUCAUCGUAAAGCAGGAAGCGUCCGAUCUGGAUACAGUGGUGUACGAUCAUGAACAGCAGGCGGACAAAGAGAGCACCAGCAGCAGUACGCUGACAGCUGAUGAAUCUCAUGACGAAGUCUCGAUGGAUGUCCUUGAACAAUUGCAGCAGCUACACCAGCAGCAUCAAUUGCAUCAACAACAGCUACUUUUGCAGCAACAUCAGCAGCAGCAGCAGCAGCAGCAGCAACAGCACCUACAACAGCUCCAUCAGCAGUCAUCACACGAACAAAGUGAAGAACAGGAACCAAAGUUUAGCAUGAGUGCCAUUUUCAACGCGCAAGCAAAUGCCUUGGCAGUGGUGGCCGCUGCUGCAGCCGCCACUCCGAUACGCGCCCAAACUCGAAGUCAAUCGAAACGCCAAUCCGCCGCCACCUCCGGUUCCAUGGCACCAGCAGCAUCGCUGGAAGACAAUCGGUGCAUGGUAUGCGGUGAAAAGUUUCAGUCCCGUGACGUAUGGAUGGCACAUCUGGCAGUGCACACCGUCGAGCGGCCAUUUCAGUGUCACAUCUGCCUAGCACAGUUUAAAACCAAAUACGUACAACAGAACCAUAUCCGGACGGUGCACGAAAAUGUCCGCAGCUAUCGGUGCCCGAUCUGUACCGAGCCUAGUCGAAUGUUCAAGAGCAAGCGCACGCUCGAGGAUCACAUGCGCUACCAUACGGGCGAACGGCCGUUCGUGUGCUGCAUUUGUAAGAUAACGUUCUCGUCCGGCAGCGUGCACCGGAACCACAUGUACCGGGUGCAUCGGGAGAUGCGCAAAAAGGAUCGCCGGUGUAAUUACUGUGGCAAGGUGUUUGAUCGUAUACUUGAUCUGAAACGCCACCAGACGAGCUACUGUGAGAAGAUCGUUGGUCGGGAAAUAGCUGGCCGAUUGUAG